CGCUUCCUCGAGGGAGCGCCCGCACUCGGUAUACGUGACCCGAAGCUUUAUCCAGGUCUCUCUAUCCUAGAGACAUUGUCUCAACACUCGUACAAAUAUGUCUGCAUAUUUGAAGAAGCCGGAGGAAGAAGAAGGAGACCCAACGUCUCAAGCCAACUUCCUCCAAAUCGCUUCUGAGCACAUUGACUUCGACUGGACAAUCGAUUUCAAUGCGAAACUCAUUUCUGGCUCUGCGACGCAUACGUUUGUAGUGAAGGAAGAUGACGUGAAGGAAGUUAUUGUUGAUACUCAGGCUCUUGACCUUGGGAAGAUCGAAGUCGAGGGACAGGAUGUGGACUAUACCGUCGAUCCGAAACAUCCAGUCAUGGGAUCUGCUCUCCAUAUCCCUCUCCCUGCAGGUCUCAAGUCCGGAUCGAAAGUGACUGCGACAAUUCAUUACAAGACCACCAAGGACUGCACGGCUCUACAAUUCCUGGCUAAGGAGCAGACUCAAGGGAAGACGUUCCCAUUCCUAUUCAGUCAAUGUCAACCCAUAUAUGCACGGAGCUUGGCACCUUUGCAGGACUCACCUUCAGUGAAGACUACGUACACCGCGAAAGUGGCAUCCAUUCUGCCCGCCUUGCUUUCAGCCAUCCGAGUCUCGCCACCAUCGACUGGACCCGCUCAUGAUGGAAAGGUCAUUGGAAAGGAUGUCGUAACUUAUACAUAUAAGCAACCGAUCCCUAUUCCAUCAUACCUCAUCGCUAUCGCGGCAGGCAACCUCCGUUAUAAAGCAUUCCCUAAGGUUGAAGGCAAGGACUGGACGAGCGGGAUUUGGGCCGAACCUGAGUUGAUCGAUGCGGCUUAUUGGGAGUUUGAGGCUGAUACGACUAGGUUCCUGGCUACGGAAGAGACGAUCGUACCUCCCUAUAGAUUUGGCGUGUAUGACUUGUUGGUGUUGCCUCCCUCGUUCCCUUAUGGUGGCAUGGAGAAUGCAUGUAUCUCGUUCUUAACCCCUACACUUCUCGCCGGAGACCGCACACUGGUCGACGUAGUCGUCCACGAACUCACCCACUCAUGGUUCGGAAAUGGCGUAACCCAAGCCCACAGCGGCCAUUUCUGGCUCAACGAAGGCUUCACAACCUACAUGGAACGCGUACUCCAAAAGGUCCUUCAUUCCGAGGCCGAACGCGGGUUCUCUUUCCUAAUCGGCUACAAAGGAUUACAAGAUGACCUGAAGUUGCACCAAAAUCAACCAAAGUACCAACGGUUGGUCAUUGAGUUCGAGAAGGGCGAAGAUCCGGAUGAUGCGUAUAGUCGGGUGCCGUAUGAUAAGGGAGCGAAUUUCUUGUUGUACCUGGAACGACUUCUUGGUGGUUUGGAUAUCUUCUUGCCUUACAUUACCGACUACGUAAACACAUUUAUGGGCAAGAGCAUCACCACUUGGCAGUGGAAAGAUCAUCUUUACGGAUACUUUAAGAAGAACGGCGGCGACACCAAGAUCAAACUUCUAGAUAGUGUUGAUUGGAAUGCAUGGUUCUUUGGCGAAGGAUUGGAACUGCCGGUCAAGAUUGAAUAUGACACUACAUUGGCUAAACAGGCCUAUGCUCUUGCUGAACGAUGGGAUGCCGCUCGUUCUACUUCCGACUUGUCAGAAUUCAAGGAGAGUGACGUCGAGUCCUUCAACUCGAACCAACAGAUCGUUUUCCUAGAACGCCUUGAAGGCAACUACGAUGCCCUCCCAUCCUCGCACAUCGACCACCUCGGGGAGCUCUACCACGUCUCCAACACUCCCAACGCCGAGAUCCGUCUCCGCUUCUACGAACUUGCACUCAAGGACUCUCCAUCCGACGCCGCCAAGCGAUUCGCCCCAGUUGCGGCGAAAUGGGUUGUCGGAGACGAUGGAACUGGUAUUUUGAAGGGUAGGAUGAAGUUCUGCAGGCCGAUCUUCAGGGCGGUGAAUAGAGUGGAUAAAGUGUUGGCUGUGAGUACGUAUAAGAGUGCGAAAGAGAGUUUCCAUCCGAUUGCUCAGAGGAUGAUUGAGAAAGUGAGUUGUGUUUGGGUCGCUUGUGAGUCGGUGAGUGAUGGUUUGCUGAUUGAUUUGCUUUCAGGAUCUUGGUUUGGCGUGAGUGCGAUGGAAGGAAGAAAGAUGUAGAACGAAGCAAAUGUAUGUAUUAUUGCUGUAUACACUGACUAUCCAAAACUCGAUCUUUCUUGGUGAUCAGAAAAUUGCAGCUUAUCACUACGCGAGCUCCCUGCUUGGAAGAGUAGAUCUCUUUGCGAUAAAAUCAUCGUUCAUGUGUUUGCCGCCGUAAUUCAAGAGGACGCAAGUGACGGUUUCCGAGUCAACAAGGUACUAAGCCAUAAAACUGAAGGAUAGCGGUACUCUAUUUGGCCCUCAUUUGUGAGUGCGUUCUUACUGGACUCGCUGCGAACUAUUUUGCAUACUACAUCCAUGGACAAAGGACCACGAUAGACUGCCUUGGAGCGACCUUUCAAUGAUAAAGAUGAUCCAUCUUCCGGGUCAGUCCCUUCAUGCAAGUUGUUGUCUUCGGCCACGCUCCCACUCUCACGCGCUAAGUAAUUCAAGUCUACGAAUGGUGCAUCCAACUCCUCUGUAGUAACCAAAUGAACCCGAGAGGCAUGUUGGGGCUGAGUACAUGAGAAGGGUAGUGGAAUAUGCUGGGGAUACAAGGCUGUUCAUCUGACUGGAGACAACAACAGUGAUUAUUGGUUCAAAUGUCAACGACUUGCGUGUGUAUUGUGUUAGCGCCGAUCGAUCACAGUCGAUCGCGUUC